AUGUCCCCGGGGCUCCCCGGCCCCGCGCUGGCCCUGGGGCUCCUAGCGCUGCUGCUGCCCGGGACUCGCAGUGACUGUGGGCCCCUGCCAAAGCUGAAUCAUGCUAUCCCCUCUGAUAUGGAUCGGAUAGAGGGCUUCCCUGUUGACACACAAGUUACAUACAGGUGCCGUGAUGGCUUUGUUAAAAUCCCUGGAAAGUCAGACACUGUAGUGUGCCUUUCAAACUCACAGUGGUCAAACAUCAAUGAGUUUUGUGGUCGUAGCUGUGGUGCCCCAACAAGGUUAAAGUUUGCUGCCUUAAGUAAGGAAGAUGAGAGCAAGAAUUACCAUCCUGUUGGGGUCACUGUGAGAUAUACUUGUCGCCCAGGGUAUGAAAACAUCACGGAAAUGCUUCUUGUUCAUACUUGUCUUGAAAACUUAACAUGGUCAGAAGCCCCUGAGUUUUGUAGAAGGAAAUCAUGUGGUCAUCCAGGAGAACUACUCCAUGGCAGAGCUGUUCGUAUAACAGAAUUUCUGUAUGGUGCAAAAGUAGACUUCCUCUGUGAAGAUGGGUACAAAUUGAUUGGGCGGCCUUUCAUUCAAUGUAGGCUUAAGGGAGAUGAAGUUGAAUGGAGUGAACUUCCAACUUGCCAAGUGAUUACUUGUUCUUCCCCUCCUUACAUUGCCAAUGGGACAUACGAUGGCAGGGGUGUAGAAAAUUUUGCUUAUAACUCAUCAGUAACUUACAGCUGUGACCGUGGGUUCCGGCUUACUGGAGCUGCCUCCAUUCAUUGUACAACAAAAGAUAAAACAAGUGGAAUCUGGAGUGGACCUGCUCCUGAAUGCAAAGGUUCUUAUAAGGCAUCCAGUAACACGGUACUUGAGCAAGGUAGUUGGAUUACUCCACCACUGUUCAGAUUUGCUGCACCACUGUACAUUAAUCAGAACUAUUGUUCUGUCAGAACCAAGGAAAGAUCUAUUUGCCGCCAAAGUUACAUGGGAAUCUCUGGAGUAUUACCCAGCGCCACGUGCUUUCACAACUUAAAAUGGUCAGAAGUCCCAGGGUUCUGUGGAACGAGAUCUUUGCUAUCCAGGAGAACAAGAGCAUGGCAGAGCUGCUGCUAUAACAGAUUUCCAAUUCGGUGCAAGAGUGGCUUUCACCCGUGAGGAAGGGAGAGUAUCAGGCUGUGGAGAAUGACUUAGAGCUGCUGGCUCACUCUGGAAACUGAGCAUCAAAGGGUAAGCUCAAACUUACUCAAGGUUCGUGCUACAAAACCAAAUACUCAUAGGCAGAACUUUAAAACUGAACUUGACCAAGGAUGGGCUGUGAUUCCCGGCCUUCCACACCUCAAACGAGAACCCAGCUCUGUCCCAGGUUUUAGUGCAGAGUUUCUGGAUUUUGUGCCCACUGAAGUCUAGGCUGCUAAAAUAUUGGCUUGAUGGGAGGAUUUGUACUGCCUAGAUCUCGAGUUGAAACAGAUGCUAGAGAAUCUUGUUUAUAAAAGGAAACAAGAAAGAUACUAAAAGGGAUUCCAAAACUUCUGGGGGCCAAUCUUGAGUUGAUGUAAACAGUCAUAGCUCCACUGAGAUCAAUAGAACAAUGAUGAAGGAUUUUGCCUACUGCUGUAGUGUGAGUUGUUUCUUGCUAUGUAAUGUUCGCCUGUCAUGCUAGUACUGAUUAGGUUGACAGUUACUUUUUAUGGCCAGAAAUGCAGUCCAAAUUUCUGGACUAUUGGACAAGUAAUCAAGGAACCAGAUAAACAUGAUCUUAUUCUUCUUUAUUCAGGUACAAGUUAAUUGGACCAUUUCUUCCCAAAUAUGUCUGGAAGCAAAAGUUGUGUGGAAUAAGGUGCUUUCAGCUUGCCAAUCUAAUGGCUUUAAAAUGAGCUCGUGCCCAGAGAUGUUGGCUUUGGUUUGGAGCUGAGGUUAGAAGUAGCAUAGAUUUGUUUUUCAAGGAGUGAAAGACUAGUAACCCUUAUCGGUAAAGUCCCUCCUUCCCCUAACUCUGACUACAUGCUUAAAAUCUAAAGUUCCUUUGGAAUGAAAAAAUCUUCUCUUUUCCCAGUGAGCUUUCUGUAAACUUCCAAAAACAAACAAACAAACAAACAAAAAACUUUUGGACCCUUCUUGAGGAGGGAGGAUCUGUAAAAAUCCACAGCCUGGUGUCUGGU